UACGUCUAACGGAGUCACAAGCUAGAUAACACCGAGUUUGAGAUAGAAAAGCAAUGCCACUGCCAGUGUCUCCAGUUCUUCGAUUCCUCUCACUCUUCCGCCACUCCGUCUCCCACACUCCCACGCUCUCCUUUCCCUAUCUCACUUUACUCUGUCGCUCCAUGGCUACCGACUCCAUUAGCCCAUCCAACACCCGCGUCGGCUGGAUCGGCACCGGCGUCAUGGGUCGCUCCAUGUGCUCCCACCUCAUCCAAGCCGGCUACUCCCUGACCAUCUUCAACCGCACCCUCUCCAAAGCCCAACCCCUCCUCGAAAUGGGUGCCCGUUUGGCUCAGUCUCCCCUCGCCGUCGCCUCCCAAUCCGACGUCGUUUUCUCCAUCGUUGGCUACCCCUCCGACGUCCGCUCCGUCUUAUUAGACCCCACCUCCGGCGCCCUUGCCGGCCUGCGCCACGGCGGUGUCCUCGUCGACAUGACCACCUCCGAGCCCUCCCUUGCCGCUGAGAUCUCCGCCGCAGCAUCCGCCAAGAACUGCGCCGCGAUAGACGCCCCGGUAUCCGGUGGCGACCGCGGCGCCAAGAACGGAGCCCUUGCGAUCUUCGCCGGUGGGGACGAGUCGGUGGUCAACCGUCUGAACCCACUGUUUUCCCUUCUAGGGAAAGUUAAUUACAUGGGUGCCCCCGGAAAAGGGCAAUUCGCGAAGCUAGCGAACCAAAUCACAAUCGCCUCGACCAUGGUGGGGUUGGUGGAGGGGAUGGUGUACGCUCACAAGGCAGGGCUCGACGUGGGUCUGUUCCUAGACGCGAUAUCGACCGGUGCGGCUGGGUCCAAGUCCCUGGAUUUGUACGGGAAUAGGAUUUUGAAGAGGGACUUCGAGCCGGGGUUUUAUGUGAACCACUUCGUGAAGGACUUGGGAAUUUGUUUGAAGGAGUGUCAGAACAUGGGCCUGGCUUUGCCGGGGUUGGCUUUGGCUCAGCAGCUCUAUCUCUCGCUCAAGGCUCAUGGGGAGGGCAACUUGGGAACCCAAGCUCUUAUCUUGACUCUGGAGCGGCUCAAUAAUGUUUCUCUUCAAUCUGCGGCGGCUGCUCCGUCAUAGACCGUUGCAGAGAACUUGGUGCAGCAGCUGCUUUAUUUUGGUUUGAAAGCUCAGCUUUAUCCAAAUGCGGAGGACAUAAGGGGACUCGUCUGUUCAUAUUGCUGAGCUAAUGGGAUGGACUGUUGUACGGGCAAUUGUUAGAAGUUGAUUCCCUUUGUUUGCAGGAAUUAGAGCCAAUGUGCAUUCAGCUAUAUAUGCUUCCAUUUUCUGUUGUAUUAUCUAUAGAGUCAUUCUGGAGUUUAAUGAAAUGAGUUUGGAGUUUAAGGCUACCUCAAAUUAGCCUACAAA